AUGAGUAGCAUGAGACUUUCUGAACAGAAUCUCCCCCAAGUCGACGCGUACUUCGAGUACCGGAACAUCGUCGGAGACACGGACAACAGCACCCUGCUGAGUCAGCAAGAGUACGACGCUUUGCGCGAGCGUGCAGCGGAGGCGAGCAAAGACCCUCUACGUGUUUUUUGGAGGAAUACGAUAAACGGGCUGGACUGCAGAUGCUUAGGCCCAUCUUCUUCCUGCUUGUGUGGACAUCGGCUUCGCGACCAUGACUGGUUGGCGCGGGACACAAAGCAAGUGAAAUGCCGGAUGAAUAAUUGCAAGUGUCCUCUGUUUGACUUUAUCCCUGUACAUGGUUCCCAGGACAUCAAGUGCCGAUGUCACCACUCGUACGUAGAUCAUGAUAUUGUCUCCCGCAAAUGCCUUCGUUGCGCAACGCAGAAGGCGCCGCCUUCCUCUCGAAGCAGGGCCCCCGCGUCCAGCCAUGCGAAAAACGCGUCUUGUCUGGGCUUUACGUCUUCGUACACAUGCUCGUGCGGUUCCUCUGCUGCUGCACACGAAACAGUCUUCGAGACAGAGAGCGAACGACGUGCCAGGGGCGAGGUCGACAUCGUGGGACCCUUGGGGCCGGACGGAGGAAGCUUGUCAUUCACAGGGGGUCUUUCAGAUUUUACCAGUCUUUUGGAUGGCGUCGACCGCAUGUCCGUAUACUGCGAAGACCCUCUUGCCAGACUGCGAGACCAACACGCCAGAGCAGCAAAUGCCGCGCCAGGCACAAAUGCAUCACUUGUAUCACGAAACAGGGAACGCAACGACUCGAAAGGCCCGUCCGCUGGUAGUGAACUGACGAACAGCGACAAUGUCAUGCAUCUUCUUUACAAGCCGUGCUCGUUCAAAGCGCCCCUAAGAAGAGAGAGGGCGUGA